AUCACAGGAGCCACACUCAGUGCACAUAGGUUGGAACAUUGCGUUAAGGUUUUCUGUGAUCACUCUGGUUUGAGGGAGCUGAGCCGCUGCUCUUUAAAGAUCAAGAUUGCACUGCCCCAGGCAGGAGGAGGGUACAGUGCAGCUGGGGCGUUACCUUCCUAUUAUUUAUAACCUGUGAAGGCAGAAGAAAAAAAUCAGAGUCUGCUUACUCAGAGGAGCAACAGGCAAUGGAAACCCAAUGUCAGAGGGUGAAGCUUAGUGAUGGCCACUUCAUUCCUAUCCUGGGAUUUGGAACCUAUGCACCUAAGGAGGUUCCUAAGAGAGAAGCUCUGGAGGUUACCAAAUUCGCUAUAGAGGUUGGGUUCCGCCACAUUGACUGUGCUUAUGCGUACAAAAAUGAAGAGUAUGUUGGCCAGGCCAUUCGAAGCAAGAUUGCCGAUGGCACUGUGAAGAGAGAAGACAUAUUCUACACUUCAAAGCUUUGGACCACAUCCCUUCAACCAGAGUUGGUCCAAUCAGCCUUGGAAAAGUCACUGAAAAGCCUUCAGCUGGACUAUGUUGAUCUCUAUCUUAUUCAUACUCCAGUGGCUCUGAAGCCAGGGGAACAAAUUUUGCCAACUGAUGAAGAUGGAAAACUGAUGCUUGACUCAGUGGAUCUCUGUCACACGUGGGAAGUGAGUCCAAGGAGGAGAGAACCAGGGGAGGAGCCAGGAGAGAGGGAACCGCCUUCAUUUCUUCCACUUGCCCUGGAGAAGUGUAAGGACGCAGGGCUGACCAAGUCCAUCGGGGUGUCCAACUUCAACCACAAGCAACUGGAGAAGAUCCUGAACAAGCCGGGGCUCAAGUACAAGCCCGUCUGCAACCAGGUGGAAUGUCACCCUUAUCUCAACCAGAGCAAACUGCUGGAGUUCUGCAAGUCACACGAUAUUGUCCUAGUUGCCUAUGGUGCUCUGGGAGCCCAACGGUUAUCACAAUGGGUGAACCCGAACCACCCUAAUCUUUUGGAGGACCCGGUUCUUUGUGCCAUUGCCAAAAAGCACAAGCAAACCCCAGCUCUGGUUGCCCUUCGCUACCAGAUACAACGUGGGGUUGUGGUUCUGGCCAAGAGUUUCAAUAAGAAGAGGAUCAAAGAGAACAUACAGGUGUUUGACUUUGAACUGACUCCAGAAGACAUGAAAGCAAUCGAUGGCAUGAAUGGAAAUAUGAGAUAUUAUGAAUUUCUAUCUGUUAUCGAUCACCCUGAGUACCCAUAUUCUGAAGAAUAUUAGCUAUGAGAUAUCUACCAUGCAUUCUACUAGAAUUUCUGGCUUCUAGGGCUGUGAAGAGCAUUUCUGUACUUGGUGGAGGUGUUUGAAAGAAGUGUCUGAACUUCUGAAAGCUUGCUUUUAUUAAAAAAAAAAACAUUUUGUGAAAUAAUAAAGAUUUCAAAUAAGGAUAUUCAUUUUUCCUGAUAACAAAAUAUUUGGAAAAUAAAAGGGAAAUGAUAGAAAAUAAAGAUAACCUCUGACU